AGGCGGGCCCCACACCCUUCCAGAGUGUUCCACCAUGAUUUCCACUCCACUUAUGAGGUGAGCAGCAGAGCAGACGAGAGCACGAGCAGAGCCGCGCCAGCAAGGGACACGCGGGCAGGUCAACGAUCCUCGCGCCUCCAUGGCGUGCAUCAUGUGCAUGGCGUCCUCGCCCUCCGCGCUCGCGUCCGUUGCCAAGGCCGCCGCCCUCCCCGUCCCUCCGCCACCGUCGUCGUCCGCGGGCGUGGCAGUGGCGCGGCGGCGCGCGCCGGUGGUGGCAACCGUCCUGCGCGCCUGCUCGGGCGGCCACGCGCGGCGCGGCGCGGCGCUGGUGGCGGCCUCCGCGCUGGAGGACCUGCGCCCGGCCAUGGACGAGUACCCCGAGGGCGUCCUGUCCGGGGAGUGGCCCGGGAACUUCUCCCUGCUCAGCUACGCCGACCUCCGCGCCUACCUCGAGUCCCAGAUCACCACCGCCGGCGAGAUGAGCCCGACGGCGAAGCUCUGGGACGUGAUGUCGCGCCCCGUGCAGGUGGCCAGGCCGGGGCAGCGCCUCGCGGAGGUGGACGCCUUCUUCGCCGCGCAGCAGUACUCCGGUCUGCCGGUGGUCGACGAGGAAGGCAGGUGCGUCGGGGUUGUCUCCAAGAAGGACAUGGCCAAGGCGCCCAACGGGAUAGAGUCAACUGUUGGUGAAGUGAUGUCGUCCCCUGCUAUAACUCUGACACCUGACAAGACUGUCUUGGAAGCUGCUGCUCUAAUGCUCAAGGAGAAGGUUCACAGGAUACCGGUCGUGAAUGAACAGCAGAUAGUGAUCGGGAUUAUCACCCGCACGGACGUGUUCCAGGCUUUGGAGGCCAACAACGGAGCAUGAUCAGAUCCCUGCUUGUUGACUUGUUCAAUUCUCACCACUGGUGGAUCGCCGAAUGUUGCUAUUUGUACAUAUGAUCAAUCAGACUUCUGAUCCGUCUUGUCAAUCAUAGCCGUGUAAUAAUAGUAAUUAUCUGGGUGUGUUAAACUGAAGCUUACGAUAGAGUACGUGUGAUCUACACAUGCCAUGUUUCCGACUUCCUUAGGUGUAAGUGUGCCGGAUCCAUAUUGUACUGUUGAGUUUAGCUGCUCGUUCCUCCCUCCAUUCCAAAUUAAAUAUAGAUCAUUUUGUGUACUUUUAGGUGCA